GUGCUGACUGCACCACCGUUGCCGAGCGCAAGUAACGGUUUCCCAUAGUCGGAAGGUUCAUGUUCUUCGUCACGAAAUAGCGGUCCCGAGCCUCCCGCGGCCGCUGGCCAUGUUGGUCGAGCGCCCGCGAUGAAGGCCGCUUUUAAUGAACAGGCCUACGCCGACGUUUUGCGCGAAAACGCCCGCGUAGACCGCUUGGUUUCGCAUGCUUCUGCGGCUGGUUUACCGCUUUUGCCUGCCUCGCCUCGAACCUCACAAUCCGACCCGCCUUCGGGUGGCACCCAGAUUGUCCUGCCGGUUGCCGGAGCACCGGCGCGGCAGGCCCCUGUUUUUGAUGGAAGUCAGGAAUAUUACAACGAUGAGGUUUUCCUCUUUCGGAAACCGCCGUCCUUUCUGUCUAAUUGGACGCCCUGUGAGUUCUCGGUCCAUGGCAUUCGCUACGUGUGCGGUGAACAGUUCAUGAUGGCGGAGAAAGCCCGCACUUUCGGCGUGCCCGCGGACGCGAAACCGUUGGCCUCGUGUCCCUAUAGGCUCAACCCUCUGGUGAAGAAGAAGGUCGAUGCAAUUCUCGAUCAAGACCUUGCUGCCGGUCUUAUCCAGCACUCGGAAUCGCCGUGGGCGAGCCUUCUGGUUUUCAUGCCUAAAAAGGACGGCAACUUGCGUUUGACCGUGAACUACAAAAAACUAAACACAUUGUGCAGCCUUGGCCAACAACCGCAGCCGCGUGUUGACCACAUCAUCGAUUCCCUGCACAAGGGCAAAGUGUUUUCCAUUUUCGAUCUAAACUCCGCUUUCCACCGGAUCACAGUCGAGGAGGACACGGGAAGCUCCGUUGCACCGUCAUGGUUCACUAUGGUCAUCAACGAAGUGGUUAAAGGUCUGGACCAUGUGUUUGCAUACCUAGACGAUGUGAUUGUGUUUGACGCCGACACCGUCCAUCAUGUCGCCAAUAUGCGGUUAUUUUUGGAGCGUUUGCGCAAGUACAACCUAAAGCUUUCUCCUCUCAAGAGUCGCGUCGGCGCUAAGGAGGCUGUCUAUUUAGGCCACACCAUCUCGCCCGCGGGUGACGCUGUCGCGGGUGGCAGCCGCCCUCUCCGGCUUUGCUGUGACGCCUGUGUGGAUGGUUUUGGUGCGGCUCUUGAACAAGAACAGGCCGAUGGUUCCGUUCGCCCGAUUCUGUUCGUUAGCCGCGCUACGCUCGAAUCCGAGCGCAAUUGGACCGUGCUCGACUUGGAGGCUGGAAGUAUCGUGUGGGCAAUCAAACGCCUGCGCGGCUACUUUUGGUGUACGCACUUUCUGAUUUAUUCGGACCACGAGACUUUGGCAAGCAUCGUCAAGGUGGACCGUUUCAGUCGACGGGCGGAUAUGUAUGCCACUACCAAGGCGGAAUUUGCCGCUAAGGGAACGGCCAACAUUUUCGUCAACCGCUACAUGACGUUGUGGGGUUGUCCGGUGACUCUUCUUUCGGAUAACGGCAUGCAAUUUUGUUCCAAGCUGUCCAUGGCUAUUUACGAGCUGAUGAACAUCAGGAAAGUCACCACCAGUUCGUACCACCCCCAAACUAACGGUGGGGCGGAGCGUGUAGACCACACCAUGGCUCAAAUGCUCGCUGUUGUGGUCAAUGAGCGUCAGGACGAUUGGGACGUCCAUCUUCCCCAUGUAGUGUUUGCAUACAACAACUCGGGUGUGCGGAAACACACCGAUGNACCAGAGACGAGCCUACGCUUUGGUGCGGGAACAGCAUGCGAUAACGUUGUGGCGUAUCCAACGCCGGAGCUCUGCACUGUUGGACGGUUUGCGUCAGAUACCGAAAUAUGA